AUGUUCUCCCCCGUAGCAGGUCCCUCGCGCAUCCCAGACACUCCCCGGCCCACAAAGCAGGCCAGACGGGAUAUUCAUCACCUCGACGUCGCCGGCAGCACGCUCGCGGGCAUGCAACCCGGACCCGGACUCAAGGCGCUCCCGGACGACGUACUGUUGCUUAUAAUCGGGCUCAUCGACGUCGAGGAUAUCAUUGCGCUUCGUUUGUCAUCGAAGCGCUUCGGACCAGUUACACGCUUGCGGUGGGUAUGGGCCGAAGCUCUCACGCGGCAUGUACUCGACAAAGGCCUGCCUGUGCCAGCACCCGUGCGCGAUCUCAAGACAUUAUCGUCAAAGGAGCUGGAGAACCGGACGAGACACGCGACGGCCUUUCAGCGCAACUGGACGUCGGUCCAGCCGGCGCCUAAACGGACGUUCGAAUUCGCGGCUGGGAACGACGGGAUGGAUGAUGUCCCCGAACCCGUGACGCACGUCCGAUUCUUGCCUGGCACCGACGGCCGGCUCGUGCUCUCCGUGCAGCAGAACCGUGUGGUUUGCUGGGAGGUGCCGCUGGGCGGGGAGGACGCCUUUAUCGUCGCGGAGCGCCAUGUUCCCGGUGGCACGAUAUGUGAUGUGCUCGUCAACGAGGACCCUACGAAUCAUGCAACAGUAGUCGUAGCCUGUGCGCGAAGACCAGAGUUCCACCCUCCAACAUCCCAGAUGCGCGAGAUCACUGUCGAGGCAUGGCACAUGGACAAGUUCUACGGCACGUUCACUACCCUCCGGAGCGAUACGCUACUCGAGAACCUCCGCGGCCGCCUACUCCCGCUCAUGCGUCUAUGCGGCGACGUCGCUCUCAUCGGCGAUCCCGUUGCCGUAUGGAACUGGCGUCUACCGGGCACAUACACCAUGCUAAACCCACACAAUAUACAUGCCUCACCCGUUCCCGACCUUCUCCUCGCCGUCAAACCAGUCCGAGAUUACCUCAUCGUAGUCCGCCAAUCGCACCUCCAACUCCUCCCCCUCCCCUCCUUCGACGCCGUCGGUAAACCCGUCCCCCGCCGACGCGAUGCCGGCGCAGUAUACGUCCACCUCCCCGACGCCGCGUCCGAAGCCACCAUCGUCGUGCACCCUCUCACAGACGCCGAGCGUGAGAAGUGGCUGUUCGAUCCCGUGACGGUCGUAUUGCGGAUCGUGAACGACUCGGGGGAAGCGGCGAUACGGACGUUCGAUAUUGCGCCGCGCGCGGCGAACCUGGGCGCGGGAGAGCCGCCGCUGUGUUGUGCGGGGUGCGAAGCGGAUCGGGCGAGGGUGCUCGUGCAACAACUGCCGUUCCGCCCACCCACGGCGCCAAGCGUCACUGUCCCAGCCCUAGCCUCCGCCGGGCGACUCGUGGCAAGCACCGGCUGCGCAGGCAAAGGCCUCUGGCUCGAAACGCAGACCGUGCGCGCGAAGAGGGAGACCUACUGCGUGCGGGCGUUCAUCGGGUUCGAUGUGGGCGCGAAGUAUGUGGCGGAGGAGGGGAGGUGGAGGUUCGGGUUCAGUAUACGGACGAAACCGAUGUAUAAGGCGAGGAUGGGCACGGGGGAGGUCGCGCAGAGGAAGUUUAGGAUUCAGGAUGUUGCGAUGGAGGAUACUGUGGGGAGGAUUGCGGUUGCGGGGCAGGAUGGGAGGGUUAUGGUUAUGGACUAUGCGUAG